AUGGCCGCACAAGGAAGCCUCAGCGGAUUCGGCACAAAUUUUGAAGGUACGUUUUACGGCAUCAAAAUCGUGCUUGCCGGUUCAUUCAGCCAAUCAGUGGAGAGAUACUCCGCACCAAGUGUGAACCUCACCUACGAGAAAUUGGAGAAUCUCCCAUGUACUUACGACAUUGCCACUGAAGGCCCGCCAUCUUAUGUUGGCCCAGCCGACUUGAGUAUCAAAUUUGUCAAUGUCCAAGGGCAGACUGCUUCAAUCACUGGCCCUAUCUUGUAUCCUAUCAGUCAGAGGACGACAGUCAUGGGCUCUGCCCGCUUCGACAUUGCGAGGGAAGCUGCUGUUGACUCACGAGCAUGA